AUGAUCACACCAACCACACAACCACAGGACAACCCCGACCCAUUCAGCCUCUUCCACGGCAACAUACUGCCAACUCUCCGCACAUUCAUCGACGAAGCCGCCACACCAGAGGCGCAUCCACGAAUCCUCCCAUUAAUCAAACACGAACAUGCCGAGCUCCAAUCGUCCAGUCACAAGAUCCUUAUCUCGGUUAGCUCGGACGAACAAACCAGAUACCAGAAUCAGUUUACUUGGGAACUAGCCCGCCAUCUAAUCGGCGAGGAACUCAUCGUUUACCCGGCCAUCGAUAAACAUGUUAGAGACGGUGAGGUCCUUACGAAUAGGAACAGGGCUGAGCAUCAAGAGAUUAAGCAGCAGUUGAAGACGUUCCAGGGACUUACAUGCACGGAUCCAAGAUUCGCACCGACGCUGGAGGCGCUGUUGGGGGAUUUACAGCUUCAUAUGAGACGUGAGGAGGAAGAGGAUCUGGUUAUACUUGAAAGAGUCUUGCCAGAGGAGGAUAGUCAGGCGUUGGUGGCUUCAUUGGUCAAGAUGAAGAAGUUCUUGCCGUCGAGAUCGCAUCCGCUUGCUCCUAGUAAACCGCCGCUUGAGACUGCUGUGGGGCUAUUGACUACGCCGGUUGAUAUGAUUGCUGAUUUGUUUAGGAAAUGGCCACAUGCCGAGGAUACGAGAAAGGGGAAUAAACACUUUGCUGCGGCAAGGUCUUGA